GCUGCGUGGGGGAGACUGUUCCAAGAUGGCGGCGGGUUGCUGCGGGGUGAAGAAGCAGAAACUGUCCAGUUCGCCCCCCUCUGGCUCGGGUGGCGGUGGUGGCGCCUCCUCCUCCUCCCACUGCAGCGGAGAGAGCCAGUGCCGAGCUGGGGAGCUGGGACUAGGAGGCGCCGGCACGCGGCUCAACGGGCUGGGAGGUCUAUCUGGAGGAGGUAGCGGCAGUGGCUGUACCCUCUCUCCCCCCCAGGGCUGCGGCGGCGGCGGCGGGGGGAUUUCCCUGUCGCCACCUCCGAGCUGUGGAGUGGGGACCCUACUUUCUACCCCGGCCGCCGCCACCUCUUCCUCACCCUCCUUGUCCGCCGCCUCGUCCUCAUCGCCCGGCUCCCGGAAGAUGGUGGUGUCAGCGGAGAUGUGCUGCUUUUGCUUCGAUGUGCUCUACUGUCACCUGUACGGAUACCAGCAGCCCCGGACCCCCCGGUUCACCAACGAGCCCUACCCACUGUUUGUAACAUGGAAGAUUGGUCGAGACAAAAGAUUGCGUGGAUGCAUAGGUACUUUUUCUGCCAUGAACUUGCAUUCAGGACUCAGGGAGUACACACUUACCAGUGCCCUUAAAGAUAGCCGUUUCCCCCCAAUGACAAGGGAUGAGCUGCCACGGCUGUUCUGCUCAGUGUCUCUUCUCACUAACUUUGAAGAUGUCUGUGAUUAUUUGGACUGGGAGGUGGGUGUACAUGGCAUUAGAAUAGAAUUCAUCAAUGAAAAAGGAUCAAAACGCACCGCCACCUACCUACCGGAGGUUGCAAAGGAGCAAGGAUGGGACCAUAUUCAGACCAUAGACUCCUUACUGAGGAAAGGAGGAUAUAAAGCUCCGAUUACUAAUGAAUUCAGGAAAACCAUAAAACUGACCAGGUACCGUAGUGAAAAGAUGACCCUGAGCUAUGCUGAAUACCUUGCUCAUCGCCAGCAUCAUCAUUUCCAAAAUGGCAUUGGGCAUCCCCUUCCGCCAUACAACCAUUAUUCCUGACACUGAGCCGCAAAGCCAGUCAUUGGGCCUCUCUGCAGACCUCUUCCCAGGAGACCCUACCCCUUCUUGGUCUAGCUAUCUCUUUUACUGUACCAUUUUAUGAUGAUAGUUUCCGUUGCCAUGAUGAAGCUUGGACAUCAUCAGUAUCAUCAUGGUAACGGGUAGGAAAAUGGCAUUUGUUUAAGAAGAUUCUGUUUUAUUAUUUUUAGAUCAUUGAUUUUUUUUGCAGCAUAUAUAACUUCUGGGGUUUUCUUUCCUCACCAUAUUAUGUAGAAUUUUGCUUUGCUCUCUCAAUCAGGGUUCUGCAUUUCUGUCCUUACCUUCCCUCCUACUUUCCUUCCUUUUAAUCUCUUCCCUCCUUCUUUCGACUGUGGAUGGAAGAAAUUGUGCAGUUUUUCAGGAUUCUAUUUAGGUUGUUCUCUAGUUUUUCCUCAGUAAGAUAAAGAAGUUUUGGUAGCUGAGCUUAGAAGCAAAUUCAUAUCAAAUUCAGGUAUUUGUGUGCUACUCUUGAAUUUGUCUAAAAUGCAUUUUGCUAUGAGAGCUUAGUAUGUGGGUCUUCACUCCUUAGGUGUUUUUCCCAUGGUUAAAAUAUAUGAACUUUAGUUCUAGCAUAGAACAUUUGGAGGCCCAUGCUAGGGCUUGUCACAGAGAAACCAUUCAUGCCUAUUGUGCUGGUUAUCAUAGAAGAGAUGGCUUCAUCAUUUUAUAGAACCAACUUACAGACUACAACACUGUUUUAAGAAAGUACAAGCUACCUUUCAGAUAUGCUACAGAAAUCAUUUUGAAGAGCAGCAAAGAUCAGGAAGAGAGCGGAUACAGAAUUUAGUGCCUUUGAGAAGAAUAUAAUUAAAUGGAGUUAAGAGAGGUUAGGGGGAAAAGGCAAUUUAGAGAACUAUUCUUAUAAAAUUUUAUUGUGUCUAUAUGUGAAACAGCAGAUUAGACAAAUUCCUUACUCUUAAGUAUUUUUUUAAGGUGAAAAAAUUUAUUUUGAGCAGAGAACCAAAAAGAGACAUUUGUCUAUUAUAUAUUAAUUUAAAUCUGUUAGCUUUAGGUUUCAACAAGUCAUGAUUGGCCAGAGACAAUUUUAGCUACUAUUUAAAGAAAUAGUAAAGAAUAAUCUAGUGAAACAAAAGUUCAUAUAUGCCAUGAUUUCAGAUACGUCUGUCACGGGGACAAGACUGGAGUCUUUCUGCACUACAUACUUUUGAUAGAAACACAUUUACUAUGUUGAUAAGAUGUUAUGUUACACCUAUGAAAAUGGAGCUGGCAUUUAGAAAUGAUAGAGUUAUUAGAGCCCAGCCCAUUUGCAGGGUUGGUCUUCCCAUGGUGCAUACAAAGAGAAUUUCCUAACAUCAGGAGGAGUAGGAGUUUCAUGUGUCUGUCCCUAGGAAAAAUGAUAGAUGAUUCUGGAGAAAGAUUACCUUCAUUUUACUAUAGUAAAUAUGUGUGUAUGUGUGUGUGUAUUUGUGUGUAAUUUUUUUCAAAUAGGAAACCAGUAUAUCAAGUGAUGACUAGAAGUAUGGUGCAGAAUAUACAUAGCCUAAAACUCUGAGAUGUCACUGAAUCUCAAAAAUGGCAGAGCUUAUACAUAAAAUCGGCCGUGACAAGUGACAGACUGCUAGUUCCGAAUUCAAAAACCCUUUCCCAGUUUGUGAGCUGAUUUGCCUGAAUUCCUUCUGCCCACCACUGUGGCAGAGGAAACUGCUUUAGUUUUUUAUGAGUCCUUGGAAGUCUGUUGGUAGUCCCUCAUCCACAGUGCUCAUUGUGGAAAUAACCAUGGUCAGUUGUGAUGCCUUAACUAAGAAGCCAGUUGUUAGCCUGAAAUGCAAUCGUGGUAGCCAGUUCCAUUGAACCUAGAGAUUAGUCAGAGCAAGCUAGCUGUUGGGCCAUUGAAAGGGAUUUUGAGUCCUCUCGUUUCUCCUUGGGAGCAUUUUGGAGCAGAUUCGUCUUUCAGCAUAAAACCAAAUGGCUACCUGAUGGAGACUUUUUCUUGCCCUUAUAGGGAAACUAAGCAUAAGCUGAAUGAUAGUGUCUGCUGAAAAAAAAAAAAAAGUAAAUAAAACAAGCAAACCGAAGAGAGACAAAAUAGAUCAAUAUUGACCCAUCUUAUCCAUCAUCUCAUCAGUUUAGCAGGCUCCUCAUCCUGGGUGAGCUUGUGGUUAGAAGUUGUUUGUUGUUGUUAUUGUUAUUGUUGUUUUUAAGAAAAGAUCUAUAUGACAUACAUAUGUGUGUGUAUACAUAUGCUUACAUGUACAUACAUACAUAUGUGUGUUUAUGUAUUUAACGGUGCUAAUCAAUCUUGAGCAGGUCACGUGACUGGUCAUGCGGACUCUAAAAUCAUAUCAGAUUUUUAAAAAAAUUCUUGAUAUAUGCAGAUGUUAUACAGAUUUUUUUUCUUACCAGUGUAAUAAUGUUAUACUGAAGAAAUAACCAUCCUGCAGGCUUCAGAGGACAAGGUCAGCAAUAUUUCCCACCAUGGCUUGGGGGGAAAGGAUAGUUUUGUCUCCUUUUGUUUUCAAAUUAAUGCACAGUGCAUUUUUUGUCUCUAGCUGUUGACUAAAAAGACUUUGUUGCAUAGAGUGUCGUACAAACUGUAAUGGUGUGCUUCAAACGAAUGAAUGCUAGGCCCUUUCACCUUCAUAGGAUAUUACAAAGCUGUUAAAUACGUGGUUUGAAUUAACUUUGAACAUGUCGAAAUAUGUAGCAUGUGUUUUUAACUCAGACGAAGAUUCGGAUUGCACAUGUUGUGUUUUCGCCAUUUGUGACUUAUUUGUUCAGAAACACAAAUGUGAAUUGCACUCUUAUCACCGGAAUAUCGUGUAAGUUCACUGAUCUUUAAACGGCUCAGAAGUAAUACUUGAACUUCUUUGAGUAGCACAAAGUUUACAUUGCCCCCUUUUAAAUGUUAAUUAGUUCCACUUCUGGUUGUUUUCCUUUUUUUGUUUCUCAAAUGCAACUGGGUAUUUUUUCCCCCUCUUGGAAAACAGCACUUACUUUGGUAUGUAGCAAAAGGCUUCCGUUUCUGGAAGGUUCUCUUGUUCUUGAACAAGAUCAGCCAGGUACCAGAUUCUAAAAAGAACACUUGCCCCCCCCAUCCCCACACCCCACCCAUGCCCCCGACCCCUAUUAAGUGGCCUUCGGACUGCACGAGAAUGUGUGCUACUACCUGCCCCAGUCUCCCCUACCAUGAGAGGUCUGUGUACUUGAUGGAGGAAGUGCAAGGUGUGCUCUUGUUCUCCUGCCCUCUUAAAGCACUUGUGAGAUUAUCAGUCCAGUACACACAGGCCCAGUGCCCAGCACACCGGAAGCUUGCAUACUGGCCUCUUUUUGUGUCUUCAAAUGUGCAGGAAAUUUGAAACUGUCAUCUGGAAUAGGUUCCAUCUCUUAACAUGUGUUAGAUCAAACCAAAGAAGCCCCCAGCCAUGCCCAAAUGCUGCUCCAAAAGCCUGCCUUCCAGUCCUUACAAAAACCUUGCAGGAUUAAAUGUGUUAACUUUUUUAUUUUUGUACAGUUUCUAAGUGAUUUUUGCUAGUGAUGUGAAAUUGAAUUAAGUUUAUUUGAGGGGGUGUCAGCGCCUCCUCCAUUGAAAUAAACUGGUGACUUUCCUUUUAUUUUUUAAAAGCAGAAACCCAUUGUGUGCCUCUCGAUUUAAGGGUUUCCAAUUACAUUAUUCUGAAGACCAGCAUUGAUCCUUUAUAUACAAAGAUCUGUUUUCCUUGUUUUUUAUUACUGUUUCAGAAGAAGAGAAACCUUUUAUUUUGCUCUGGACCUAGUAACUGCGCUGGUACAUAGACGCACUGAGAAAACCAACUUUUGUAACCACCUCUGACUGUUUUUGUAUACCAGAGUCGCUUACUUUUGAAAUACUUGGAUCUAGUUUCUAAGUUAUUUUAGCGUUUUGUAUGUUCCCCAAAAUUACUUUGGAUCAGUCACCAGCAUACUGAGUUCUUGGUGAUACAGUGGUGAGACUCGUAAUGAGCAAAAGCUACCUGGAGUAGCUCUUCUUUUCCUUCUUUCUUAGAAACCUGUUUUUGGAUUAUGGUGAGAGAUCACAGAUUACCUGAAAUCCCCUCCAAGUAUAACUAGAUCCUCCUUCCUUCCACAUUUAAUUGCUUAAUAGUUUGAAGAAACUAUUGGAAAUGGGCAUUUUAUAUGAUAUGUAUAGCUUGAAAUUAUGAAAACUGAGUGAACGGGAAAAAUGAGGUUUAUGUGGGUCUGUAAGGUGUGGCUGUGGAAAGAUAUUGUAGUAGUUUUGACACUAUUGUUACUAUCUUUAAAAUCAUUUACCCAAUAAAAUGUUAAAACUGA